CCUCGCAGGUCCGGUCCGGAUGCCCUGCCCGCGGCCGCCCUGGCUUCGCCGUAGCCGGGCCUCUCACAGCUCGGGCCUGGGCUCUCCAGGCGCGCUGUCCGCUCCGCGCUCCCAGAGCCGAGGAGAGGACGAGGACGCAGAGGAGGAGGGCGAUGGCAGCCCCGGCUCUGGCCCCAUCUUGCCCCCUGCGUCCCCUAUGGAAUGCCUCAUCUGCGUGUCGCCCUUCGAUGGCGUGUUCAAGCUGCCCAAACGUCUGGACUGCGGCCACGUCUUCUGUCUCGAGUGCCUGGCUCGCCUGUCGCUGGCUACGGCAGGCGGCGGCGACGCGGUAGCUUGUCCAGUGUGCCGCGCGCCCACGCGCCUGGCCCCACGCCGCGGGCUGCCCGCGCUGCCCACGCAGCCCGGCCUGCUGCCCCGCGACGCGCGAGCGCCGCCGCUGCGCCAGGGCUCCGUGCGCUUCGACCGCCGCCGCGGGCUGCUCUACCUGCGGCCGCCGCCGCCGCCACCCGGCACUUUAUAG